UCAAAGAACAAGUAUUAAAUCCAACGGCUGAGAUAUCUCCUCCCGUGGGUCCCACCGAGAGUGCAUGAGCAUUUUCACGUCGCGAGUUUAUACCAUGACUCGGUGCGUGAAUAAAACUCGUUCUUCUUCUUCUUCUUGACUCUCUCACUUCACUCACAUUCUUCUUCAACCUUUCUCUCAUUGUGAACAUUCUGGAAGAGAGGUGGAAGAGCAUUAUCGAUAAUUUCAGUGGAGAGUGAGUUCAUACAUCUACCAUUUCCAACGAAGCCCGGAGAUCUGUACCUGGCAAAUUGAGAGAUUAAAAAUGGGUGAUGAUUCUAGUCUCGAGAGUGACAAUUUUGAUUGGAAAACUGAUGAUGAACUUGAGAUUGAGAGCUUUAAUUCCUUAAGUUCAACUAUUCCAAGUAGACAAACUAUUACUGCUGCGUCUGUAGAAGCAAGGUCCUCUGCAGGUCCUUCUAAUACCAAGGUCUUGGACCAUUUCAUUAGCAUGGGAUUUCCUGGAGAAGUUGUUUCCAAAGUAAUCCAGGAAUAUGGCGAGGAAGAUGAAGAUAAACUACUUGAAGAGAUUCUCACAUAUUCAGCUCUAGAAAGUUCUUCUCAGCAGCAUCAGCAAGUUGAACCAGAUCCCACCUCUUCAGAGUAUGCAGGGAGCUCAUGGGAUGAUUUAUCAGAUGGGAAUUCUUUUUCUGAUGAAGAAACACCAAAAUCUGUUUCUAGGAAUGAUGAUACACUGCUGUCUCUGGUAAACAUGGGAUUCAAGGAAGAGGAGGCUUUAAUGGCCAUAGAAAGAUUAGGCCUAGACUCCUCACUUGACGAUCUGGUCGAUUUUAUCGGUGUUGCUCAACUGGUGAAAGAAGAAGAUUCCCUUCUGCCUCCUGAAGAUAAGCAACAAUGCAGCGGGCAUCCAAAACCAAGAAAGCGUAGUCUUUAUGAAUAUGAAGUGCUAGGAAAGAAAAAACGAAAGGUGUCUGACAAGAGAACUCCAUGUGAAGAGGAGGAUGAUGGCCAAACACUUAAUCUGCCCAACCCAAUGAUGGGGUUUGGGGUUCCCAACGAGCCAAAGUCUAUAAUUACACACCGGACACUCCCUGAGAAUGCUAUCGGACCUCCCUACUUCUACUAUGAAAAUGUGGCAAUAACACCGAAAGGUGUUUGGCAAAAAAUAUCUAGGUUCUUGUAUGACGUGCAGCCGGAAUACGUAGACUCUAAAUAUUUUUGUGCUGCGGCUAGGAAAAGGGGAUAUGUUCACAAUCUCCCUAUUGCCAAUAGAUUCCCGCUUUUACCUCUUCCACCACGGACAAUACUUGACGCAUUCCCCCCAUUGAGGAGAUGGUGGCCAUCAUGGGAUCCUAGAAAAAAUCUGAAUUGUUUGCAAACGGUACACGGCAGUGCACAAACCACCGACAGAAUCCGGAAAAAGCUGGAAAGUUGUGAAGAAUUUGAAGAACCAUCGGAAUCUGUCAAGAAGUAUGUUUUAGAACAAUGUCGAAAAUGGAAUUUGGUAUGGGUGGGCAAGAAUAAAGUUGCCCCCCUAGAGCCCGACGAAGUGGAAAUGCUGCUGGGCUUCCCUAAGAAUCAUACAAGGGGGGGUGGAAUCAGUCGGACCGACAGAUUCAAAUCACUUGGAAAUUCUUUCCAGGUUGACACAGUGGCGUAUCACCUAUCUGUUCUUAAAGAAAUGUAUCCUAAUGGGAUCAAUCUUUUAUCCCUCUUUUCUGGAAUUGGUGGUGCAGAAGUAGCUCUCCAUCGACUCGGUGUCCCUCUAAAUAAUGUUGUGUCGGUCGAAAAGUCCGAAGUCAAUAGGAACAUUGUUAGAAGUUGGUGGGAUCAAACAAAUCAAAAAGGUAAUUUGAUUGAUCUCGAUGAUGUGCAACAUCUAGAUGCUGAGCGUUUGGAGCAGCUCAUGAGUGCAUGUGGUGGUUUUGAUCUUGUUAUUGGUGGGAGUCCAUGCAAUAACCUGGCUGGAAGCAACAGGGUUAGCCGGAUUGGACUCGAGGGAACAGAGUCAGCCCUCUUUUACGAUUACUUUCGAAUUUUAGACUUGGUGAAAGCUAUGGCGCCGAGAUUUCAAUGAAAUUGUAUAUAGAAAUUUCAUUUUCAGGAUGUGUAUAAUCCAAACAUGUAGGAUCUUCUAAUAUAACCUCAACAUUAGGCAAACACUUCUAAUCCAUUUUUAUUGUCGAACAAGGAAAGGCAACUGUAUCAAAUAAAUUUUUUCCGUAACAUUUCUGGUUUCAGUUUACUACUUUGUUAGUACAUUGUAUAUGUUUAGUACAUUUAAAAAUGAUAGAUGAAUCAACUAUGGAUAACGUUAAAUGAUUCUAGUUA